CCCUCCCUCCCCCCCAGCACGACUUCCAGCAGCACUGCUCAGCUCACACGAGCAGAUCCACUCCAGUCUCAUCCAGCAGGAGCCCGGCUGCUUAUCUGUUAACCAGCAUCAGCGAUUCGUCCGCUCUGAGACGCAGCUGCGCUUUUGCAACUCGCGCUCAUGUGAUGCGCUCAGCGGAGAGAGAGACGCACUUUGGAGCCUCAGUCUAGAGCCUAGAUCAGACCCUGCGAGCGGCUGAAGGGAGCGAAGCAUGGAUCCGUGUCAGCGCCUGCUCGUCCUCCUCCUCUUGGGCUGGAGCUGCCUGAGCUGUGGAUUGUGUGCCAUGCUGAAAGAUCACUUCGCCGGACUGGCCCAGGACGCGGAUUUGGGCCACUCGAAGAAAACGGCGCAGGACACGGUGUCCGAGCACAUGCAGAUGCUCUACGCCAAAUACAACAGCGCAGGCUUUCCGCUCAAGGACGGGAAUACAGUCCGCAGCUUUAAAGCCCAACCGGGCACCAUCAACAAGAAACAUCUUCAGAUCUUCAACCUAACGUCCCUGGCCAAAUCAGAGGAUGUUCUGUCAGCAACUCUGCACUACUACAUCGGUGACCUGCAGAACAGCAGCCGCAGCUGCUCGAGGCCUAAGAGCUGCCACCACGGCCUCCGACGGCAAGCUCACAUUCACCUCAGCAUCUGGAGUUUCGCCUCCAUGGACAACAGUACCAGGACUCUUGGCCACUUCCUUAUUAAUAUAUCGUCUACAUACCGGGACUUUAUAUCCUGGCAGUGGAAGGACAUCACCCGGGUGGUCAACCAAGCCAAACAUCACCAUGAGCUUCUGAUCGGCAUCGCAAUCGAUUCCCAGGGACGGCAACCUCGGAAGAAGUUCCUGUUCGACCGUAAACCAUACAUCUUGGUUUACGCCAAUGAUUCGGCCAUCUCUGAGCCUGAGAGUGUGGUGACCACACUUCAGAGACACAAAGGAAGCUUAGUGCCUGGUCUUCACAAACUCGGACUACGCAACCGCAAUAGCUCUUCGCUGCACAGGACGAAGCGCUCAGCCAACAUUCUUCUGCCACUGCAGAACAACGAGCUGCCAGGUCCUGAGUACCCCUACAAGAUCCACACCUGGGACGAGACCAGUCCGUAUGACCCCAUCGAGAGCAAGCCAGCCAAGCGGCCCCGCAAGAAACCUCGCAAGAAACAGGGUCACAAAAACCCGCUGCUGCAGUUCGACGAGCAGACCAUAAAGAAAGCGAGGAAGAAGCAGUGGAACGAGCCAAGGAACUGCGCCCGCAGGUAUCUGAAGGUGGACUUUGCUGACAUUGGAUGGAGUGAAUGGAUUAUCUCCCCCAAGUCGUUUGAUGCCUAUUACUGCUCAGGAUCCUGUCAGUUUCCAAUGCCCAAGUCUCUGAAACCUUCGAACCACGCCACCAUCCAGAGCAUUGUCCGGGCGGUAGGUGUGGUUCCUGGCAUUCCAGAGCCGUGCUGCGUUCCUGAGAAGAUGUCCUCCCUCAGCAUCCUCUUCUUCGAUGAGGACAAGAACGUGGUCCUCAAAGUCUAUCCAAACAUGACAGUGGACUCCUGCGCUUGCCGAUAAUGCCUUAUGCUUUUUGCCCGCCAAACUCUUCACCCCCUCAUCUGAUCCCCAUUUUGCACUGGACGAGAGACUACACCCCCGUAGCUACCUGAAGAUGAUUUAUUCCAUGAACAAAUUUUGAGGAUGUCUGUCUGUGUUUGGAAGCUGGAGGUCUGAAGAGCAAGGUUCUUCAUUAUCAAGAAUUAUGCAACUCACUGAACACAAAGCGGUUCUCUAUUGAGAUGGUGGUUAUAUAUGUUCUAAGAGACCUCUUUUCUGAGCUCCACUUGGACGAAUAGCUUUUUGUUGUUGUUGUUGUGUCAAGGAUCUAAGGACAAACUUUUGCUGUCAACCAGUAUGAAUUUGUACAGUUUUUCUUUGCGCUCACAAUAAUGCUGUUACUAUUAUGUCAUGUUUACCAUACAUAUUAGCAAUUUACCUUUAAUAAUCUUAUCUAUUGCUGCUAUACAAGAAGAGGUAUAUUUUAUUCCAGUGCUAAAAUGUGGUUGAUAAGAUUUUCUGUAUUCUGAUGCAGUCAUCAGCAACUAACUCUUAACUGUGCAUUAAUGACUCAGUAAGCUAUUCAUAUUAAAGUUUGCCUAGGAAUAUUCCAUAUAAAUGCUGUAGCAUCCUGUAUAUUUGGCAAAACUAAUUUCGGAACGUCUUCGGCUUGAACUCUCCAAAGGAAAACAAAUAGAUGAAGUUAUAUUUAUUUUUACCAAUUUAUUUGGAACAGAAUUACUGUGUAUGAGCACAGCUUAGGCCAUAUUAUGUAUCUUCCACCAUAAAUCAGAGAUGGGUGAUGCUCUUAGUUGGCUUUUUUAUUACAGAGCAUGUGAAUGUCAGGCUUUGUCUUGCAAGCUGCAUAUUGACCUAUGCUGUGUAACUCUGUGUAUACGGUCAUUGGUAGCAGACUUAAUCGACUGUAUUCAGGACAUUUCCAAUGGCUCAGCUGAAGGUUUCACUGAUUAAUAGAGACUGCAACUGCAGAUACAAAGAGACCACUAUCUGGUUAGAAUACAGUACAAGCAAUUAUGUGUUUAUCAAGGUGUUGAAACUUUAAGGUCAGAAAAACACCCGCAGCGGUUCUAUCUCUAACUGUCAAUGUCAAAAGUCAAUGAAGUUGAAGCCAAAACUUGAAGGACUUUGGAGGGUCUUAUUGACCCUGGAGCAACAAACGUUUUUUCUAGUGAAACUUCCAAAAAUAAACUCACAAAAGUGAAUAUACCAAAUAACCCAUGAAGUACCAUACGUAUGAUAAAACAUUUGAAAAAAUAUAUAUGCCUAUAUGUCUGUAUAUAUUGUAUAUUGUGAUUUGUUAUCAAGAUGCACAAACAGCUUUCCAAAGUGCCUUAGAAAGAAAAAAAAGGAAAAAAGCUACCAGUGCAAAUGAGUGUUCAGACAUAAGUAUUGUAUUUACAUUUCAGGAAAUUUUGCAUUGCUUUGAGUGUGAUAUGGAUAUUUUACUUUUUAUCCAAAAGACUUAUUU